ACGUGGAUUUUCCAGCACCUUCCUCCCGUAUAUAAAUAAAGAUAGGUGAAGUGAAUGAAGCACCGCCAUUCAAUCGAGAAGUGACUUGAUUUGAAAUGAAGGGAAUUGCAGAGGACGACAAGGUGACGAUCCGGACGGAGUGCCGAGCGCCUCCGGACGGCGGCGGCGGCGGCGGCGGCGAGAAGCAUCUGGAGAAGGUGGAGGUGAAGACGCGGGAAGUGGACACGGUCAAGUACGUGGAGAGGAAACUGGUGGACAAGGGCGUGGGCAGGAUGGAGCGCCACCCCGCCGACGGCCUCCCGCUCAAGCACGACCACAAGAAGGGCCGCGGCGGCAAGUUCACCUGGAUGGGACCGGACGAGGACUACCAGGCCCAGCUGGAAGCCGAGCCUGCCCUCGAUGACAAGGACCCCAACUACGUCGACGACGACGACGACAAAGAUAGAGACUUGGUCGCCGGUGAGGUGGAGGUUGCCAAGACCGCGGCGGAAGGGGUGGCGCGUGUCGAGAUGGUAGAGUGCUCGCUUCCCAUUAGAAACGCACGGGAGCGUUUGCUUAGCCCGCGAGGGCACGGGAUCCUCAGUCGAAUAUGUACCCGGUCUACUCAGUCGAGCGACGCAUGUCCAGUGUUUAUUAUUAUUGUUAUUUGUUUUGAAUCAAAAUUUUAUUUAACACAAAUUGUAAUUUAACCCCCCUCGAAUUUAGAUUUUUUCUCUC